AGCAUAGAGACGGUCCGCGGUGUUUCUCCUCCUCCUCGCUCUCACAUUGGAUUAUCACUGUGCUUUUCACCAUGUUGGAAGUGGAAGUGAACGGGACACCGGCCAGUCAGCUGUCCACCCCACUCUCCGGAAAGUCUCCCAGCCCCUCCCCCAUCAGCCCCAACAACCUCAACCAACGCCGGGGCUCCCAGGGGUCUUCGUCUUCUCUGUCUUCUGCAAAAGUGUCCAGUCCAGAAGAGGAGAGGAAUGGCACUACUCCUGAAGUGGACAUUCCUGUGGAUGAGGUUCCUGCCGUGCCGGCCUACAUCUCGGAUCGGUACAGAGUGGGCCGCAUGCUCGGGGAUGGGAACUUCGCUGUGGUCCGGGAAUGUGUGGAGCUGUCAACGGGCCGGGAAUAUGCGCUCAAAAUCAUCAACAAGAGCAAGUGUAGAGGCAAGGAACAUAUGAUCCAGAAUGAGGUGGCCAUCCUGCGCAGAGUCAAACAUCCAAACAUAGUCCUCCUCAUCGAAGAGGUCGACACGUACAGCGAACUCUACCUGGUCAUGGAGCUGGUCAAGGGAGGCGAUCUGUUCGAUGCCAUCACCUCGGCCAACAGAUAUACAGAGAGAGACGCCAGUGGAAUGCUCUAUAACCUGGCCAAUGCCAUCAAGUAUUUACACAGCCUCAACAUCGUGCACAGAGACAUCAAACCAGAGAACCUGCUGGUCUAUGAACAUGCAGAUGGCAGCAAAAGCCUGAAGCUUGGAGACUUUGGUUUAGCGACUGUAGUGGAUGGACCUCUCUACACAGUCUGUGGAACGCCAACAUAUGUAGCACCUGAAAUCAUCGCAGAAACUGGAUAUGGCCUUAAAGUGGACAUCUGGGCAGCCGGAGUCAUCACAUACAUUCUCCUCUGUGGGUUCCCACCAUUUAGAGGGAGCUGUGAAGACCAGGAAGUCCUUUUUGACCAGAUACUGAUGGGGCAGUUAGAGUUUCCAAUGCCAUACUGGGACAAUGUGUCUGAAACAGCCAAGGAGCUGAUCCGAUCCAUGCUGGAGGUGGAGGUUGAUCAGAGAUACACCGCUCUACAAGUUCUGGAGCACCCCUGGGUCACUGACGAGGGUCUGUGUGAAAACGAUCACCAGCUGUCUGUAGCAGGAAAAAUCAAGAAGCACUUCAACACCACUCCAAAAGACAAGGACACAACAGCCGGGGUCUCGGUCAUCUCUCUCGAUGACAGCUUUUCUAUGCAGAGAUCUGGGUCGUUAGAUUUCUACCAGCACCCAGCCAUGUACUGGAUCAGACCACCUCUCUUGAUAAGACGGGGCAGGUUCUCAGACGAGGACGCCACCCGAAUGUGAUCACCUUGACGAGCGUAACCAUGAUGACCAGAGCUAAGCAGACGCAGCCUCCCAAUGUCCUCCUUGGCCUUCCCCCGCUGACCCUUGACCUUAGCACAGAUGUUUCCCCCAGCCUCUCCUCUGCCUCCACGGAUGUGUCCAUUUGCUCGGUCAACAGCACGGGCCGCUCUCCUAGCUCACCCUUCUUCUGACCUGGGACUGGAGGAGGAGGGGUGGGGGUAGGAUGAGAAGGAGGAAGGGGUGGUUUUCAGCUGAUCCUUACUGUAAAACAAUUGUGUCAAACUCAAAUGAACAAACUCCAAAGAUCUAGAACAGGAGCAAACAAACAAACAUUCUGAUUGAGGAAAAGCAGGUGGUGAUUAGACCUUUUUAUUUAUUAAGAAACCAAAAAAACAAAUAGGUCUGAAGACAAACAUAUCAUAUAAUGCCUUUUAAAUAUGUAACUGGUUAGAUUUCAAGCCAGUACUCUUGUAUGGGUAAAAAAUGGCAUCACCUUGGAUUGCGUCUUUGAGAUUGACACACCUGCUUUUUAUAGCCGGACAGGUAGAGGAACCAUCUCCCCCUCCCUCUGUCAUAUCCAGGACUUGGGCUGAAAGGCAAAAACUGAACUAUCAUUGCUCUAAAUGUUCUGACUGGGACGAGGGCGGAGAGGACAGGCCACAAACUCAGAGGCGGCACACAAGAGGAAAGAGUUUUGAAAGACCUAUUAUUUUACUUUCUCUCAUCUGAGCACAUGGCACAGAGCUCACGGAGCAAUGAAGUGAACUGUGGAUCCUUCAGUGAUGAUCGGGGCUCGAUGCAGGAAUGGAGCAGCUCUAAAGGCAAUAUGAGAAAAACAAAUGUUCACGUUUUAUUGAACCUUAACUCUUUACUCAUUAUUUACCACUGCAUUUUAUAUAUGCUUUUCUUUUUACUUUGUGGUCUCUUUUGAGGAAAAUAGGUGAGUAGAAUUUGUAGAGCUCAGGAAAGUGUCAAUAGGCUUCUGUAGUACUUGAAUGUGAUGUGAAGAUAGCAAAAAAGUUACUCUUGGAGAUGUCUUGGUACCCAACUACACAAGUCUCCUAAAACAUAUUUGUAAUGGUACCUAGACCUAGACAGCUUAAUCAUGUGAAAGAAGGAUUUUCAUAUAAAAUGUGUUUUAAAAAUUGUUGGAAAGAGUCUCAAGCACUAGUUGUUUAGACGGUGUUGGUGAUACCUACCUAUUUUGGUGGAUUACGGUUUACAGGCUGAUAAUGGUGCAUUCACUUGCUCUUUGUAAUAUUGGUUUCUCUGUCACACCUUGACAAUGAUAGCAUAUGGUGCUUGUGUAGCAACUUUCACACUUAAACAACACUGAUAUUAUGCUAAUCUUUUUGCAUCAACCAGGCAUAACACUAUAUAAAGGUAUUUCUGAUUAUCACCUCUCUAAUGUAAGAAAACCUCUUAAGAAAACCACAAAAGGUCAUUAAAUAGUAUUGUGCAUUUUGAAUUGUUCACAAUGUAUCUUAAUAAACUCAACACAUAAACAAGUGCCAAAAUGAUACUAUAUUGUUAUGCCUGAUUGAUGUAUUUUGUCAUUGUUAUAUGAAGCCUUCUUUACAUCUCUACAUUGCCAUAUUCCAGCUGUGCUUUUUGAAGAUCAGUCAUGGAAGCUGCAGGAUACAGGCUGUUUUUGCACAAUUCACUACAGUCUAUAAUAUCGCCUACAUACUAAUAUUUGGAAUGACUUUCGGACAGUGGACAACCAGCAGUAUCAUCACACUAUAAGGGGUAACUUGACUCUGUAUAAGUCGAAACCUCAUCCAAGGCUUAUUCAUUCAAUUGAAAGCAUGACAGACAUACAGUAGCCUAUUCUUAUACAACUGUUCAGUGAAUUAAUGUUUAUAUGUUCAUGUAAAUAACUAUUUUAUUUAUUUUGAUAGUUAACAAUACAGUAUAUUUCUUUACUAGUAAAAAAAAAAAAAAGUAAAAUGGUUCAUAUGUGUGUAUCAGCCAUUACGCAACUAAAAAUACCAAGAGGAGAUGGAAAGACUAUGAAUGAGAUGUGAACAAAACUAGUACAAUAUGAG